AUGAAAUCAACCGGUGUAAACGAGUCACUGACAGCAUGCAACGAUGCGGCGGUUCCCUCUGGUCCGGUCAAAUCCGUAGGUCAAGACGGUGUCUCUUCCGACCAUCUCAUCUCAAUGAAACCACAAGGCCUACCGGCAGAAAACUCAAGGGCGAUAAAACCAAGCCCAAAACGCGGCUCUUCUUCCGGUGUCAACAUCAUCGGUGGGGCCAAAGUAGCCGUCUCUGCCACCGCCAAGGGAAAAUCGAUCGUAGCUUCGUUUGAGUGCACAGCGACUAUUGAUGAUGUUGUGCACGGUGCUGGGUGGUAUUAUAUAGGCUGUGGUGUGUGUCAUACCAAGGCAAUCAAAGGGGCAACUACACUUAUGUACAACUCGAAGCUGUCUGUGUAUGACCACAAGGAUCAAGCCGUCUUUGCUGUUCUUUGUGAUGCUGGUGAGGAGUUGACUGGAAAGACAGCUGCUGAGUUGGUUGAUAACUACUACCAGGCCAACAACAUUGAAGAAGAGGACCACAUUGUGCCAGUGCCUCAGGCUUUAAUUGGUACCAUAGGACUGACCCUGAAAUUUGUUGUGAAGGUGUCUGCUUAUAAUCUGACUGGUAAGUCCCAGACUUUAACCGUGACGAAGGUCCUCCCUCUUGAGACACAAGAACCUGAAGCCAGCAUUGGAGAGGAAGCAGAAGAGGGACCUGAAAAUGGAAGGGAGGCUGAAGCAGAUGAGUCAGGGAAAAGGAGUGCUGAUGGGAUUGAGUGUGAAGGAGCCUAG